CAAGAACCCUGAGAGCUCCCAGACCUGGUGUUUCCAAAGAGAUUUCCUUGUGAAACCUUGCAGUAUAAAAAGUUCUUGAGAUAACUUUCGUUUGAUCUCACUUUAAGGGAAAGAAGAGCCUUGCCAGACACUUGAAGGGACGGGGAUCUCUCCUCCUAAUCUGGGCCUCCUGUCAUGGAUGAAGAGACUCGGCAGAGCCUUGAGUGUAUCCAGGCCAAUCAGAUCUUUCCCAGGAAGCAGCUGAUCCGGGAGGAUGAGAAUCUUCAGGUUCCUUUCCUUGAACUUCAUGGAGAGAGCACCGAAUAUGUGGGCCGUGCUGAAGAAGCCAUCAUUGCCCUUUCUAAUUACAGACUUCACAUCAAGUUCAAGGAGUCUCUUGUAAACGUUCCAUUACAGCUUAUAGAAAGUGUUGAAUGCCGAGAUAUAUUCCAACUUCAUUUGACUUGCAAAGACUGCAAAGUUAUCAGGUGUCAGUUCUCAACCUUUGAGCAGUGUCAAGAGUGGCUGAAGCGACUGAACAAUGCAAUCCGACCACCUUCUAAGAUAGAAGAUCUCUUCUCAUUUGCAUACCACGCUUGGUGCAUGGAGGUCUAUGCUAGUGAAAAAGAGCAACAUGGAGACCUGUGCAGACCAGGGGAGCACGUAACGUCCAGGUUUAAAAAUGAAGUGGAAAGGAUGGGCUUUGAUAUGAACCACGCCUGGAGGAUUUCCAACAUCAAUGAAAAGUACAAGCUAUGUGGCAGCUAUCCACAGGAACUCAUAGUGCCUGCCUGGAUCACUGAUAAGGAACUAGAAAGUGUAGCAAGCUUCAGGUCAUGGAAGCGCAUCCCUGCCGUUGUCUACAGUGACGACGAGCACCUAGUGCAGUCCGUGGCUAAAGCUUGUGCCUCUGACUCCCGGACCAGUGGCAGCAAACUCUCAGCUCGGAACAGCCCCAGAGACUUUCCCAACAGGGCCGACCUUUCGGAUGUCGAGUUUGAUUCCUCUCUGUCAAAUGCUUCAGGAGCAGAGAAUUUAGUCAUCCAACCACAGAAACUUUUAAUCUUGGACGCACGCUCCUAUGCAGCAGCUGUGGCAAACCGAGCCAAAGGUGGAGGCUGUGAAUGCCCAGAGUAUUACCCGAACUGUGAAGUGGUGUUUAUGGGGAUGGCAAACAUUCAUUCUAUUCGGAGGAGCUUCCAGUCCCUGCGGUUGCUGUGUACACAGAUGCCAGAUCCGGGAAAUUGGCUCUCAGCUCUUGAAAGCACAAAGUGGCUCCAUCACCUGUCUGUGCUUCUGAAAUCGGCCCUACUGGUGGUGCAUGCUGUGGACCGUGAUCAGCGACCGGUGCUGGUGCACUGCUCAGACGGCUGGGACCGAACCCCCCAGAUUGUGGCAUUGGCCAAGCUCUUGCUAGAUCAAUAUUAUCGAACCAUAGAGGGUUUCCAGGUUCUCGUGGAGAUGGAAUGGCUGGAUUUUGGCCACAAGUUUGCUGACCGGUGUGGUCACGGGGAGAACGCCGACGAUCUGAAUGAGCGUUGCCCAGUGUUUCUGCAGUGGCUUGACUGUGUUCAUCAGCUUCAGAGGCAGUUUCCUUGUUCUUUUGAGUUCAAUGAAGCAUUCCUUGUGAAACUGGUGCAGCACACCUACUCCUGCCUCUUUGGGACAUUCCUGUGCAACAACGCCAAGGAGAGAGGGGAGAAGCACACCCAGGACCGGACUUGUUCUGUGUGGUCCCUUCUUCGGGCAGGCAACAAGGCUUUCAAAAACCUCCUGUAUUCUUCGCAGUCCGAAGCCGUGCUGUACCCAGUGUGCCACGUGCGUAACCUGAUGCUGUGGAGCGCAGUGUAUCUGCCUUCCUCAUCCCCGUCCGCCCCUGCAGAGGACAGCUGUGCCCCGUACCCAGCCCCAGGGCCCGGCCCCGAUGAAUCACCCCCAAGCCGGCUACCAAAGACUAGAUCAUUUGACAAUCUGACCACAGCCUGCGACAGCACAAUGCCUCUGGCCAGCCGGCGCAGCAGUGACCCGAGCCUGAAUGAGAAGUGGCAGGAGCACCGGCGCUCAUUGGAACUGAGCAGCCUGGCUGGGCCUGGGGAGGAGCCCCUAGAUGCUGACAGCCCGGGGAAGCCAGCCAGAGUACUGGGGGGUGCUGAGCUGCUGGUUGCAGCUGGGGUGGCAGAGGGGCAGAUGGAGAACAUUUUGCAAGAGGCCUCCAAAGAGGAGGGUGGUCUAGAGGAGCUGGCCCAGAGGGCAGUCGUGCAGCUCCGAGCAGUCAAAGAGGAGCCGCUCUUGGAAAAGGAGAGCUGGAGGAAGAUGCCCGAGGGUCCCGCCUUUGUCGCAGAUAGAGACCCAGAGCUGGAGGAGACCCCCCAAGGGAGCCACGCAGGCACCAGCCUGUCGGUAUUCUCACAGGCUUGUUCUGAGCAGCCAGGCGGGCCCAGUGUGUUCACAAGUCAGCUCUCAGUGCCCCCUGGCAGGGAGGACACCCAGACCAUCUCUGUGGAGCCCCCUCUGGGAGGAGGCACUCCAGAGCAUCCGGAGGAGCUGCUGCUUGCGCCUCCAGUAGAUGCACAGGCAGGUUGCGGCCCCACACAGCCAGGUUCUCUGCCGUCCACCCAUGUCCCCUGUGAGACCAGAGGACCACAUGUGGACAGUUCCGUGGACAUGUUGAUGGAAGAGAAGGUGAAGCCAGAUCCUGGGCCCCACAGCCAUCACAGACCUUGUCUGGUACACAGUGACAGACUCACUGGCAAGGCCAUGGUUGCCCACGCCAUGGAGCCCAGGCUUCCGGAGAGAAGCCUGGCUGAGAGACCUCCAGUGGGGCCUGAGGUGCACAGGACUUCCUCUGGCCGUACUCGCAGCCCCACACGUUCCCCUGGUGCCUUGCCUUUAGCUGAAUGUAAAGAGGGAUUUAUAUGCAAUGGCGCCCCAGAGACUGAAAACAAGGCCUCAGAGCAGCCUCCGGAGGUUAACAUGCUCCAGAAGUACCCCACGCCCAAUGGGCACUGCACUAAUGGCGAGGCUGGUCGGAGCAAGGACGCCCUGAUACGCCAGCUAUCUACUGGGAGCUGCAACUCCACCCACAUACACUCACGGAACUUGCACCACAAGUGGCUGCACAGCCACUCAGGAAGGCUGUCUGUAACCAGCAGCCCUGACCAGCCUUCUCGAAGCCACCUGGAUGACGAUGGCAUGCCUGUCUACACGGACACUAUCCAGCAGCGCCUGCGUCAGAUUGAGUCUGGCCAUCAGCAGGAAGUGGAGAUCUUGAAGAAGCAGGUUCAGGAGCUGAGGAGUCGCCUGGAGAGCCAAUACCUGACUGGCUCCUUACGUUUCAAUGGGGACUUUGGGGAUGAAGUGACUUUAAUCCCCGGCUUGGAAAGCAAUCUGGAUCAGAACUGUUUGUCUCGCUGCAGCACAGAGAUUUUCUCUGAAACCAGCUGGGAGCAGGUGGAUAAACAGGACACGGAGAUGACCCGUUGGCUCCCUGACCACCUGGCUGCCCACUGCUUUGCGUGUGACAGUGCCUUCUGGCUCGCCAGCAGGAAGCAUCACUGCAGGAAUUGUGGGAAUGUCUUCUGCUCCAGUUGUUGUAACCAGAAGGUUCCGGUUCCCAGCCAGCAGCUCUUCGAACCCAGUCGAGUGUGCAAGUCUUGCUACAGCAGCCUCCAUCCCACGAGCUCCACCAUUGACCUUGAACUGGACAAACCCAUUGCUGCCACUUCAAACUGAAGCUUAAGUGACCCGGGGCAGAGGCCCAGCUGCUGUUUCUUGGACAGGCCCACAUAGCCUGGGCACACUGAGAGCUCGUGCAUCUUGGAUUUGGGGCUUGGAACCAACUGUGGAGAAUGGCAGAAAGUUGGGAUGUACCACUGGAUUGUAGACUGGUCCUCCCCCGCCCCCCCACCUUUGCUGUUCCUCAACCCCUUUUCCAUUGUCCCUCUACCCUCAAAAAAGAAAAAUCUCCCUGAUUGGCUUAAUUUUAAAAAAAAUUUUAAAUGGCAGGCAAGAGGCUCCCACCCCCCUGUAGCUGCCCAGGGCUGUGCUGCUGGUUGAUCUGGCUCCUUGGAGUGGGAGGGGCCAGGAGCGAGACCUGAGGCUGAAGGAGCACAGAGGAAAGCAGUGUUGGCAUUGUGACCG